GAAUUUUUCUCUUUUUUUUUUUUGUACAACUGGUAGCAGAGUCACAACUCUGAGGAGCAGACGAGAGGGAGUUUGGGGGUAGAAACUUGCUGCCAGCGUAUCAGAAGCAAAAAACGUCUCGGCAUGUGAUCUAACUCCGUGUUAAUGAGAGGAUCGGUGAAGUCGGCAUUGAUGGAUUAUUUGGAAACGAUGGUAUUCAAUAAGUUGCUUUUAAAAUAUCCAACCUAACAUUAAAUAAGCUUGGCUCAGGGAUUUUUAUUACUUUUACGGUAAUUUUUCAUCAUAUUUUACGGUUGGAAGAUUAUUGUGUAACAUGGGAAUUCUAAGUAGCGUGAUUUUCAUCCUGAUAAAAGUGACUGUCAUAUCAGCGAAUCAGUGCGUUCUAAAUGAUGGAAAGUGCACUUAUAACGUUUAUUUAUCAAACGACAAUUGUGGAGGACCACUACAGAGAUCUGCUCAAGUUCAGAAUGAACAAAGAGACUCUUACUCCGCGGCAGACAUGCAAAAAGAUUUCAAUGUCGUUAAGACUGACCAUGAAGACAGAAUAAGAGAAUUGGAGGCAUCCGUCCAGAAAAUGCUAAGAUCCUCUUUACCUACAAAUCAAAUGCCUAUUACCUCUAACUCUGUAGAAGGAACUGUUAGACCAGUGAAUAUUGAGAAUUUGUUCCCAGGUGUUAAUUCUACCGAGCAUGGCUUACUUUCUUCUCUUCAUAGCCAUUUUUCUAAAUUACGAAAUGAGAUUCAGGCAAAGACAAAGAAACUAUUAGACAUGGAGGUCAGGCUGAAUGAUACGUCCAAUGCUUUAUCACAAGCUCACGAAGAACUGUUCAAAAACAGCGAAAAGGUGAUCGCUGCCGAACAUAAGGUGACUUCAAUGGAACAAGAAAGAUACAUGCUGAAAAGCCAAAUAAAGUAUAAAACUGAACAACUUAACCAUGCAUUAGAAAAAGUCAAUAUUACAGAUGCCAAGCUUUUACAAGUAGAAAAACAACUGUAUCAUUUAGUCAGGUCAGAGUCCAAUCUAAAGGAAGAGCUGGGGUUGUACCAAUGGAAACUGAACAACUCCCUGAAAGCCUUCAAAAGUCUGAAGAGCAACUAUACAAAAUUAGAUGGAAAAUUCAAUGAUACCAAAGCAGAAUUAGACAGAGCCCACAUAGACUUCAUGGAAUGUAUCACUGCUAAGACACAGUCGUUCUGCGGGUUUGAAAAUGACAUGUGUGGUUUUACACAAGAAGAGAUUACAGACGAUUUUGAUUGGGUUAGAACAAAAGGAGAAACUCCCUCCACGGGCACCGGUCCUCUAGGGGACCACACCUGUGGUGAGGUCAAAGAUGCAGGACAUUUCCUGUUUAUUGAGGCCUCAGGUAGGCUAAACAAUAACAAGGCAGUGAUAUACUCCCCGUUUUACCAAAGCCUGGGCCACUUGUGUGUGGGGUUCUACUACCAUAUGUUUGGUCGCCAGACAGGGACACUUAAUGUAUACACAAAGACGCGUACCGGUGACGUCAUUGAAUCUGCGUGGAGAGCUUAUGGUAACCAAGGGAAUGUGUGGAUUCAAGCCCUUCUAGACAUACCCAAGAAUUUGGCUAGAGCAGGAUUUCAGCUGGUGUUUGAAGCGAUAGCGACUGGUGGUUACCUCGGAGACAUAUCUAUAGAUGAUAUUUCUAUAAAGGACGGAAAGUGUAAUUCUCGCACCGUCACGCCUGUCUCCGUCACUUCUAAUGUGACACAAGCACGGAACGCACAGAUUCGAAGACUCCAGAAAUUCAGAAAGUUUCGAAGAAUGCUUCGGCGCCGUAGAAACCUCUGAAGAACUAUUGGCAUGUUUUAAUUAUGUAUAACUAUGUUAGAUGUAUUUUGUUGAUUUUUAUUGAACUCGAGUGACUUACUCUGCAUGUACUUAUUUAAGCGGGAUUCAUAUUUAGUCUCUUGCUUAAUUCUCUGUACAAAAAGUGUCGAAAAUCAUUUUCUCUAUAUAUAAUAAUUAUAAUACUCCGAAGUGCUGAUAGCGUUAAUUAACAUCGCCAUUAGACAUCCAAUUAUGUAUGCGCUAAAUUUUGACACGCUUAACUGAGUACAUGUAGAGUACAUGCAUGUAACUGGGGUGAAGAAUAUUACGUCUAACAAGUCCUGUACAUUUGCUGGUUUGGUCGACUUCUACCAAACUAAGUAGAUCGACUAAUUGGAUACUUGCAAAAAAAAAAACAACGUUAUUGUUAAAUGGUGUAUAAAUAAUGACUACAGUAUCAGACAAGCUUCCAUAGUGCGUGUCUCCAGAUGUUUUUAUUUACUUAUGAUACAGGGAAAUCUAUUACAUGUAUCAAUAAACAGUUACCGUUCUUUGUAUUCUUUCAUCUACCACAAGCAUUGAUGUAAUAUUGGUGAAUUUUGUAAUAUGUACAUUGCAUCAGGUAUUUUUAUAUUCCUAUGGGAAACUUCUAUUAUUUUCUUCUUUUUUUUAAAUCUCUUUUUCAUUUUUGUCAAAUUACUGAAUAGAAGAGCUUUGAAGACACCUUGCAUAACUUAGAAUCACACUCUUGACAUAUGUAAAUGAACAAGAAAAACAUGAAACAUAAGCAAGUUUCUUCAGGAUCUUCAUUUUGCCACAGAGUAUAAAAAUAAAUAACAGAUACAAGCAAUGUCAGUGACAAAAUUAACAUACAUGUAUAUCCAUUGUUAUAAAAUGUCAGCUCAAAAGCUAAAUAUAAAAAUCUUGACCAAUGCAAAAAUACAAAAUGUUGAUACCCUAAUUAUGCUGAAUGCCUUAAUCUUAAGUACAAGGAAGUUACAUAACAACAAUGUAAAACAGUAAUAACAAAUAAACCAUGAUUACUCUUUAUCAUCCAUGGCAUCUAAAUUUUGCAUGACAUAAAAUAAAUGUUCAUUAAUGAUUGUA